AUGGGGGUCCAGCCUGUGGUGCACACUCUCUGCUCCAGGUCAUAUCGCACACCAGUCAGAGAUGAAGAAGCAGAAUCUCAAAGGAAGGCCAGGUCUCGCCAGGCCAGGCAGACACGCAGAUCAACACAGGGGGUGACUCUGGCCGAAUUGAAGGAGGCUCAGAUGACCUCUAGCCUGUCACCUCUGGAUAGACAGACAGAAAAUGGUGGCAGACUGUCUGAGAAGCUGUAUUUGAGGAGAGGGGCUCCAGAAAACAGAGGAAGCCUGCCUAGCCUGGCUCAGCCAAGGCAGUCAGAGGAGCAACAUCCAACAUGGAGCUGGGGCAUCAGUGAGCUGAGGAGCCAUGGAGCCGGACUGGAGGCCCAGACAAAGUCUCCUACAGAAGACCUCAUGUCUCCUUCUGCCAGUGCUUCCACCACGUCUCCACAUCCCUCCAACCUCACUAACCACUUCUCCCCCAGAGAUAAUGAACGGAGAGAUGAAAACUUUAAUCCCAUUGAAGACUCCUGCAAACCUCUCCUCGCAACACAAGCUCCACACUGCCUUCACGUGGUUGGUUCUGUUUACAACACUGCAGAGUAUUUGUAGAUUGAAUGUUGGUGCUCUCAUACCGGGAGAGAAUCCAGGACAGACAGGACCCAAACAUCCCCUGUCUCCUCUCUCCCUCCACUACCACACAUGGUUGUGGGAUCUCAACAUUCCAUACCAUAUUGGGCAAAAUGGGGAGCAUGUCUCCUGCGUCUUAGACUUGGAUUUAAAAAGAGUCUUGGGCCGAAUUGUACUGUGCCCUCGCUCCUUCUCUCUCUCCCUUUAGUGUUGUGCUCUCACCACCUAUGGGUUGCAUAUCUUUACCUCUUAUAGACAUCCCAUAACAUAAAUAUGGGCCUCAGAAUCAGAGUGUCUAUUCCCAAACAAAUCAUUUCUGCUUCAGGAAAAAAAAGGCAUAACAUGCAUGUUUGUA